AAAUAGAAUAGUCUCCAAUUUUAGUCCUUUACGCAAGACGGUCCCUUCAGUAAUUCAAGAUGGUGAUGUGGAGGUGGGCUGUUUCUUUACGUGCUGCCCGGCUGGUGUCGCGAUGUGGUGGUGGUGUGGCGCGGCGGUGGUGCAGUUCUGCCUCACCACGCAUCACCACACAUUACUCAGUGGUGCCCAGGGAGACUGACUCACGCUGGGCAGAUGUGGACAUGGAGAGGUAUGAGGAUGAGGCGGAUGUGGUGGUGGUGGGGGGCGGGCCGGCGGGGCUGAGUGCUGCCAUCAGACUCAUGCAGCGCGCCCAGCAGGAGGAGAGGGAGCUGCGGGUCAUGGUGGUGGAGAAGGCUGCUGAUGUCGGUGGGCACAUCCUCUCCGGGGCGUGUCUGGAGCCAAGGGCCCUGGAGGAGCUGUUCCCUGACUGGCGUGAGAGAGGAGCGCCCCUGAACACUCCCGUCACCAAGGAUGUGUUUGGCUUCCUUACCGAGAAGGGGAGAGUCAACAUUCCCAUCAUGCCUGGAAUGCCAAUGCACAACCACGGUAACUACAUUGUCCGCAUGGGCCACGUGGUGCGGUGGCUGGGGGAGCAGGCGGAGGAGCUGGGUGUGGAGGUGUACCCUGGCACCCCCGCGGCGGAGAUCCUCUACCGGUCAGAUGGCUCUGUGGCAGGUGUGGCAACUGGCGAUGUGGGGAUUGCCAAGGAUGGGUCGCCUAAGGAUGCCUUCGCGCGGGGCAUGGAGCUGCGAGCAAAGUGUACGGUGUUCGCUGAGGGUUGUCACGGUCACCUGGCCAAGCAGCUGUACACCAAAUUCAACCUGAGGGAGAAUUGUGAGCCACAGACAUAUGGCAUUGGCCUGAAGGAGCUAUGGGAGGUAGCUCCAGAGAAUCACAAGCCUGGUACUAUAGAGCACACUGUGGGAUGGCCACUUGACAGAUUCACCUAUGGGGGUUCAUUCCUGUACCAUUUGAAUGAGGAGCAGCCCUUGGUGUCCCUGGGGUUUGUGAUAGGGCUGGACUACACCAACCCUUACCUCAGCCCCUUCCAGGAAUUCCAGAGGUUCAAGACCCAUCCAUCAGUGGCGGCGGUGCUCAGGGGAGGGACUAGGAUAUCAUAUGGGGCAAGGGCACUGAAUGAGGGUGGCCUUCAAUGCAUCCCAAAGCUGACGUUUCCUGGUGGGUGCCUGGUGGGGUGCUCUCCUGGCUUCAUGAAUGUCCCCAAGAUUAAAGGGACCCACAAUGCCAUGAAGAGUGCAAUGCUGGCAGCGGACAGUAUCUACGAACAGCUGACAGAUGAGAAGAAUGAGGAGGCAGAAUGGGUGGAGCCAGUGAGCUACGAGACAACCCUACGGGACUCGUGGGUGUGGAAAGAGUUGCACGCUGUGAGGAAUGUGCGGCCAUCCUUCCACACCCCGCUGGGUCUGUACGGCGGCCUGAUGUACACUGGCCUGUUCUAUGUGCUCGGCCGCGGCAAGGAGCCCUGGACGCUGAAACAUGGAGUGCGUGACGCUGAAAGACUCCGACCCGCCUCGGAAGCCAAGCCAAUUGCAUAUCCCAAGCCAGACGGGGAGGUGAGCUUUGACCUGCUGAGCUCUGUGGCAUUGACUGGGACCAACCAUGACCAUGACCAGCCACCUCACCUUACCCUGCGGAAUGACAGUGUGCCCGUAGAGAGGAACCAUGGGGUGUAUGAUGGACCAGAGGGAAGAUUCUGCCCAGCUGGUGUGUACGAGUAUGUGCCAGUGGAGUCUGGUGAUGGGGUGAGGCUACAGAUCAACGCACAGAACUGCAUCCACUGCAAGACUUGUGACAUCAAGUGUCCGUCACAGAACAUCAACUGGGUCGUCCCUGAGGCUGGUGGUGGCCCUGCUUAUGACGGCAUGUGAUGGGCGAGAUGGUGUGUGGAGGAAGGCAGGCUGACAGGAGGGUCCCUAAGGCAGCAUACUUGCCUCCUUUACUGUGUACCUCCAAGCCUUCGUCUCCCGUAUCAUCCUUUUGAGUGCCACAGUCUGCAAUAGAGUGCAUUUGAGUGCGUGUUGUGUACAUAAAGAUAAAGUAUAGAUUUGUACAUUUUAUAUUUUCUAUGAGAUGGCUUACUCAUGUACAGUCAGUGAUGUAAAAUAUUAAUGCCCUAGUGGUUUUUAUUUAAAUUAAUCUCAGUAAGUAAUAAAUUAAUUUCUCUUCCAAUAGAGUUUUAAGUUAUGAAGAGUUUUGUCCGCAGCUUUUUGUUCCCUUUGUUGGUUGGGUGGCUACAGGGUGUAUAGGGUGGACUGUGUUGUGUUGCAUGGCCUUGGCUUACUAGAUGUGACUCUACCUAGACAGACUGACAGAUAAUUUUGAAAACAGGAAAUGGAUGGGCAGGAGAAACAGAGAUGAAUGGACUUAAAAAAUUAAAUGCAAAAUAAUGUUUUUAGUAAAUGUGGUUCAGAUAUAAUGAAUGUGUAGGAAAAGUAAAGACAAUAAAGGAUGCAAGAAAAAGAGAAACCAUGAGAAAAGAAUAGAGGAUUGUGUAAGAGAUAUAUACAAGAAACGAUGGACAAGACAGAUACAAGAGAAAGGCAAUACAAGGAAAGACAGUAAAACAAAUAGAUACAACAUAAUGACUGAGAAAACUGACAAUGAUAGAGAGAGUAAAGAGAAAGGACAAUAUAAAAUGUAUAGGACAUACAUAAUAACUGGUGAAAGGAAGACAUGACACUGACAAACUGACAAAGAAAGAGAGAAUAGACAGUAAGGAAAAGACAAUGCAAAUAUAACCAUAGUAAAGAGAUGAGGUGAAGUGAAGAAGGAAGUUUUAUCAAUGCAAACUUAGUAAUAGGAAGAAAUAGAGUUAAGAUGCAAAGUUAGUAACAUGACAGAUAGACAGUAAGAUAUUGGAGUCUGACCAAUGCACACUUAGUAAAUAUGACGACAGGACAGAACACACGUUACCAAUACAAAGUUAGUAUAGACAGGCAGGAAUGUUUCACCAAUGCACACUUAGUAAUAUGAACAAGUCUAGAGUAAGAAGACAGGCAGGGAAGUGUAAUCAAUGCAAUGUUAGCCCUAAGCUCAUACUUAACCUGUCGUCUUCACCUGUAACUCAACUAGACACUGUGAUGACCUCAAGUAAACUAUUAAAACAA